AUGCCACCAAUUCUAUCGAAUCGACGCGAUAGCCUGCGGCCUCGAGUGAUAUGCUAUUAUCAGACUUACUUCCCCGACAACGGGACCAACUAUGUCUCCAUGCUCCCGCUCUGCACAAACUAUAGCGGCGUAUCGCAUGUAAUACUGGCGGCGUUUCAUAUCAACGAGGACGCAGAGAGCAUCACUCUGAACGACGACUCUCCCGAUGACCCUCGCUAUCUGCCUCUCUGGGAAGAAGUUCGCGUGUUGAAAGCAGCUGGAAUCAAAAUCAUGGGAAUGCUUGGAGGCGCCGCGAAAGGGAGUUUCCAGCGACUCGACGGGGAGAUCCAUGACUUUUAUAAUUAUUACACUCCUCUCCGUAACAUGAUUAGGGCCCAUGGGCUUGAUGGACUUGAUCUGGAUGUCGAGGAGGAAAUGUCUCUCCCAGGAAUCGUUCGACUAAUCAACAGCCUAAAGUCGGAUUUUGGAAACGACUUCAUUAUUACUCUUGCACCUGUCGCGACAGCAUUGAUACAGGGGCUACGGCAUCUCUCUGGGUUUGACUACUUCGCCCUGGAAGAACAGAUGGGAUCGAAGAUAUCGUGGUACCACGCUCAGUUUUAUAACGGCUGGGGUGGGAUUACUGAUCCGUCGAUGUACCACACGAUCAUAGCUAAUGGCUGGAAUCCCGAGAAGGUCGUCGUGGGAGUGCUAUCGAACCCUCGAAACGGAACCCAGGGCUACGUUCCCAUGGAGACACUGAAUAGGGUUCUCCCGACGCUGCUUCAGAAUUAUCCUUCAUUCGGCGGUGUCUCGGGCUGGGAAUAUUUCAACGCUCUGCCCGGAGGUAGGCAAGAGCCGUGGCAAUGGGCAGCUCUUAUGUCUUUGAUCCUCGGGAUGAAGUCUCUCUACGAAGCUGGGCUGCCUCCCAAACACUUUACAACUGGACACGAAACUUCAUCUCGACACUCCCUGACAGCUCCGUCGAGCGGACAAUCGCUGGACGAUGAGAUAGCAGACAUGCAAAAGUACCAGGAAAUACUUAUAACUGCCUGUUCGGUGGUUAUCAGGCUCAUCUCGUUCAUUUUCUUGCGUUGGAUUCCCGCCCAUCAUGCACCUCCAAUCGCCGUCUCAACCCUCUGCGUCUAUCUGAGUCUAAUAUGGGCUUCAUCGACGACCUCGCCGUCCGACCGACCUUUGGAAGAUAGCCGGGAUAAGCAACGUACAGCUACGGCUGGGACCAGACAACCGGCCGCAAAGGGUGCACCACAAAAGAGACAAAGGAGAGGAGUGUCAGCGUUAUGGUCUCUUAUCUCGGGCGUGCCUUGCACCAACUCGAAGCUGGUUUCGUGGAUUACAGUCGGUGUCAACGUGCUACUCAAUAUCUUCGUACUCGAUUUCGUCUUCCGAGGUUCCGUUUUGCAUGAUCCAGCAAACCUUUCGUUCUCUCGCGUUGGGUACGUCUCGCAAGACAGCGCAAAGAUUCUUAUUCGAGAGCCGGACGAGGGAAACCUGCCGUUACAUGUUUAUCACCGAAUGAAACAUGACCCAGAAAACGAGCUGUGGACGGUGACCGCAACGAUACACACCUUAAACGACACAACAGACUAUACGUUCCCUCUUCUGAUAGACGAGCUGGAGCCUGCUACAAGAUAUCAGUACUUGAUAUCUAAUAAUCUAUCUGGGGAAUUCACCACGGCCCCUGCACCCGGCUCGCUGGAAUCGACUCGGCUCAAUUUCUGGACUACUAGCUGCAUCAAGGCUGGCUUCCCUUACAACCCACUCUCACACCCGCUUAGGAUUCCUGGGAUUGAAACGCUCUCCCAGGUGUAUUCUAAGAUAGACCAAUUGGCAAUCCCUUCAUUCAUGCUUUUCCUGGGAGAUUUCAUCUACGUUGACGUUCCCGUCCGAUUUGGUUCUGCCAUCAAGCAUUAUAGAGAUGAGUAUCAAAAAGUUUACGCAUCUCCAAGCUGGCAUGUUGGGGAACAUCCCCCAAUUGACCUGCCUUGGAUUCAUAUGCUUGAUGACCACGAGAUUGCCAACGACUGGCAUGACGGCAACGUUACCGAACCAUACCCUGCGGCCAUCGACCCGUAUCUUCAUUACCAUGUGAGCGUCAACCCUCCAAAGGCUCAAUCCCCUCACGCAAUCCAUGAAAACACGACAUAUUUCUCGUUUACUCGUGGGCCAGCAUCAUUUUUCAUCUUGGAUGCAAGGACGUAUCGAUCUGCUCCAGGUUCAACGAACUCAACAAUGCUUGGAUACGCUCAGCUCCAGUCACUACUUGAUUACAUCUCCUGUCCCGAACCUGCUGGCGUUAAAUGGAAGAUAAUCAGCAGUAGUGUCCCUUUCACCAAGAAUUGGCACAUCGGAACCUCUGACACAUGGGGAGGCUAUUUGAACGAACGACAAGUUCUGCUGGAAGCUAUGUGGCGAGCUGAACGUACAUUGGGAAUUAGAAUUGUCCUUCUCAGCGGCGACAGACACGAAUUUGCUGCCACGAAAUUCCCUAAUCCGCAUACCAGGUCGAUAGACCCCACUGUUGAAUCUCCUGCGAUGGACGUCGGCCAGGGUAUUUAUGAAUUCUGCGCUGGUCCUCUGAGCCAGUUCUACCUACCCAGCCGUCCUUAUUACCAAACUGAUGAUGAAGAUAUACCCAUUAAAUAUAUACCGAAUGGGAACUUCAAGUUCGGUGCUGUCGAUAUCGAGACUCGGCCAGAUGGGGAGUCCGUUCUUAUAUAUACUUUAUAUGUGAGUGCUGAAGCUGUAUGGCAGUACAAGCUUUCUGUGCCGCAGAAUACAGAGAAGGGAGAAGUGGAAUUUCCAGACGGAGAAGUGUUACUUGAUAUUGUCGACCUUCCGAAUGGACAGCUGUCUGAGGUAUCUCGGCUUUUCUGGGUAGGAUUAGGUUGGGGGAGUAUGCAGUUCAAGGCUCUUUUGAGGGGAUUGGGAGGUUUUAUUUUAAAAGGUGAAAGGUUAGACGAGUGA